AUGGAUUCAUCUUAUUUAUAUAAAAAUGAUAUUUACACUCCACACCCAAUAAGAUCUUCUUAUACAAACUUUUUGCUCAAUCCUCCUGAUGCGAAAUUAAAUUUAAAUUUACAAAAAAAUAAUUUAACUGAAACGUCAACAUCAACAUCAACAUCAACAUCAAAACGUAAAAGAUCAUGGUCAAGAGCUGUUUUUUCUAAUUUACAAAGAAAAGGUUUGGAAAAAAGAUUUCAAUUGCAAAAAUACAUAACCAAACCUGAUAGGAGACAAUUAGCAGCAACACUUGGAUUGACUGAUGCUCAGGUAAAAGUAUGGUUUCAAAAUCGUCGAAUGAAAUGGAGGCAUAAAAAGGAAUCAUCUUCUAAUAGCAAGCAAAAUAACGUUGCAAAAAAUGACUCAGGUAAAACUAUGAUGAAAAAUGAAUCUGGAGAUAAUCAAAAUACUGAUUCUGAUUGUAGUAGUGAUAUUGAUGUACAAACGAUUGAAAGUUAA